CGGGGAGGGGGACCGCCGCUUUCCGGUCACGUGGCGGGCGCGCAGGGCGGCUUCGCGGCCGCCAUGUUGUGCGGCCCCGGGCCGGGCCGGGCAUGGCGGGGGCUGGCAGCAACUGGCUCUCGGGGGUCAACGUGGUGCUGGUCAUGGCUUACGGCAGCCUGGUCUUUGUGCUGCUGUUCAUCUUCGUGAAACGCCAGAUCAUGCGCUUCGCCAUGAAGUCCCGCCGCGGCCCCCACGUCCCUGUGGGACAGCACGCACCCAAGGAUUUAAAGGAAGAGAUUGACAUUCGACUGUCCAGGGUGCAGGACAUCAAGUACGAGCCACGGCUGCUGGCAGAGGACGACGGCCGCCUCCUGCAGCUGGAGACACCAGGCUGCUAUAACUACCUGUACAGGAUGAAGGCACUGGAUGCAAUCAGGACAUCAGAAAUCCCUUUCCAAGCAGAGGCUCGCUACCCAAAGUCUUUAAUAGGGAAGAACUUCUGUGCCUACCUGCUGGAGCUGCGGAAUUCCAGCAGCUCCUUGAAAGGCAUCCGCAAAGCCUUGAUCGACACCUUGCUGGAUGGCUACGAGAGCGCCCGCUAUGGCACCGGGGUCUUUGGGAAAACGGAAUAUCUGAAGUAUGAGGAAGCUCUGAAUGAACUGGCAAACAUCACCAAGGCCCGGGGCGGCAGCAGCCAGCGGCAGCACCAGUCAGCAGUGAAAGACCUCACGCUGUCCCCUGAAGUCUCCAACCCCACCACCAUCCAGGUCACCUACCUUCCUUCCAGCCAGAAGAGCAAACGUGCCAAACACUUCCUGGAGCUGAAGAGUUUCAAGGACAACUACAACACGCUGGAGAGCACCCUGUGAGCGCGCGGGGGCCUGGCGCACUGGGUGUGCUGGGCGGGUCGGGGCUGCAGCGCUGAGAGGAGCCGGCUGCACUCUCAGAUCUCCCCCUCACCCUACUUUGGAGGUCAUCACUCGGCGGGAGCUCCAUUCCAGCUGCUGGAGUUUGGCCCUCACCAGGAGCCUGUUCUGGAGCUGCUGAGCCCAUGGGGAUCAGCCCCACGGCCUUCUCUGCUGCAGGCUUACGACUCUCCAGCCUUUGAGUCCUGCAUUGUCUUGGACCCUGUGAAUAAACUCAUGAGCUUGAGCUUA